AUGGACGUCGUGCAAGCUGUAUCGGGAUACAUCUCGAAGAUGGUGUCGGCAGGGGAUAGCGCCUCAGGGACUCCAUCAGCGAAAAUGAAGAUCCUAUUACUCGACAGCGAGACCGUAUCGAUCGUUUCCACAGCUAUUACGCAGUCCGCCCUCCUAAACCACGAGGUCUACCUUAUUGACCGCCUCGACAACCAAAAUCGCGAGAAGAUGAGACACUUGAGGUGUCUAUGUUUCGUACGGCCCUCCGCAGACUCAAUACAGUUCCUCAUCGACGAAUUCCGAGACCCCAAGUAUGGAGAGUACAACAUAUACUUCAGCAAUGUGGUAAAGAAGUCGUCUCUGGAAAGACUGGCAGAGGCAGAUGAUCAUGAGGUAGUUAGGGCUGUGCAGGAGCAUUUUGCGGACUAUCUGGUGGUCAAUCCAGAUCUGUUUACAUUGGACAUUGGAUUCCCGCGGCAGCGCAUAUGGAGUUCCAACCCAGAUAUGUGGAAUACGGACGCGCUGCAGCGUUCUACGGAGGGACUGAUCGGGGUGUUGUUGUCGUUGAAGAAGAAGCCUCUGAUACGGUACGAGAAGAGUAGCUUGCUGGCAAAAAAGCUGGCAACGGAAGUGAAAUAUCAUAUGACCCAAGAAGAACAACUAUUUGAUUUCAGAAAGGUCGAUACACCCCCAAUAUUGCUGAUACUGGAUCGAAGAGAUGACCCAAUUACACCUCUUUUGACACAGUGGACAUACCAAGCUAUGGUCCACGAACUCCUGGGAAUACAAAAUGGCCGAGUGGAUUUAAGUGAAGUUCCAGAUAUCCGGCCCGAAUUGAAGGAAGUGGUAUUAUCCCAAGAUCAAGACCCAUUUUUUAAGAAGAACAUGUAUUUGAAUUUUGGAGAUCUUGGUGGGAACAUCAAAGACUAUGUUGAGCAAUAUCAGUCCAAAACGAAAAACAGCUCCAACAUUGAGUCAAUAGCGGACAUGAAACAGUUCAUUGAGGAAUACCCUGAGUUUCGAAAGCUCUCUGGGAACGUGAGCAAGCAUGUUACUCUAGUUGGCGAAUUGAGCAGGAAAGUAGGCGCGGAGAAUCUGCUUGAGGUCAGUGAGGUGGAACAGAGCCUGGCAUGUAAUGAUAACCAUGCUAGCGAUUUAAGAAACGUUCAAAGACUUAUACAGUCCCCAACUGUCACUCCUGACUCCAAACUACGGCUCGUUGCUCUCUACUCGCUGAGAUAUGAGAAACAUCCCUCCAAUGCAUUACCAAUCUUGGUAGAUUUACUAGGCGCAGCCGGAAAUGUCCCGCAACGACGCAUCGACCUCGUUGCAAAACUCCUAACUUACCAUUCAUCGCUGCAGCAAACUCAAUCCACCGGUGGAAUCUCAGAUAUGUUUGAAUCAGCCGGAAUAUUCUCAGGGGCCAGAGACCGGUUGAAGGGCCUCAAAGGUGUCGAAAAUGUCUACACACAACAUUCACCUCGGUUGGAACUCACACUCCAGAAUCUCAUCAAAGGACGGUUACGAGAACAGCAAUAUCCGUUCAUCGAAGGCGGAGGCUCAACUCGGGACAAGCCACAGGAUAUCAUCUUGUUUAUAGUUGGGGGUGUUACUUUUGAGGAGGCGAAGACUGUGUCACAGAUCAACGCCUCAUCUCCCGGAAUCAGGAUUGUUAUAGGCGGAACUUGUGUGCAUAAUAGUACUACAUUCCUAGAGGAAAUGGAAGAUGCGGUAUCAACGUGGCCAGAGCCUGCGCCUACAACUGCUGCUGGAAGGUUACGAAAGGAGACGGGCAGGAGAUUAAGGAGUAAUGGAGUUUGGAGCCUGUUACGUCCAAUGCGCCCUAUCGUGUCAUUGCCGUUAUUGGCAUCAAUCGAUACCCAGAUUGCCGGGAAUAUUGUAAGGCCACCUAUACGGCUGACUAUAAUGGGGAGUGGUACACUUAAUACAUACCGCGAUUUUUUGACAUCCUUGAGUGUUAUAACGCUUGAAGCUUCUAUUCCCGAACCUUUGGAUGCUAAUAAGAAGAGGAAUGUUUGCAGAGACAGUGGCACAGCAUCUGUUCUAACAGCACCACUAACCUAUCAACACAAACCCUUAGAUCAAACUUCUUCCUUAACUACCUCCUCUGCAUUUGCCUUCUGGGUAGCCACCUUCGCUUAA